GGAUGUUUGUCUUCGGCUGCUGCGAAACGAAGGAUUCUUUUCCCUAUGGAAAGGCUUUACACCGUAUUUUCUGCGUCUUGGCCCACACACUGUGCUCACAUUCAUCUUUUUGGAGCAGUUCAAUCGUGCUUACCGCAGAUUCGUGUUGUCCGAUGACAGUGUUGGCCCUCGUCGGGGCGGUCUUUAAACGCCGUCGUCCGGUCCACUGCGUCACCCUGUGGAAUAAUCUACCAAGUGCACACGUCUCCCCGAUUCUCCGCACACAGUUGCCUACGAAUAUUUCUUUGAACGCCCCCCUCAAUCCUGUGGGUUCUCUCCACUCUUUGACGUUCCACAUGAAAAACACAUUCAUCGCGAUUGCGUGUUCCUGCGAAUCUCAGCUUUUUGCUGUUUAUUUCAACAAAAUUCACGCAUCCAUCCCGUCCUGCGAAACUUCAAUCGAUUUAUCCAUUUUGUAUUCCUCCUUUCCUAAUUGUUUCCCCACAGAGAUAGGUUCCAAUAGGCAAUUCCUGUUCUGAUUGAAUUAGACAUUUUCUACUGGGUACUUAUUGCUCCCUGUCCGUAUGUACGGUUUUUUCUUGCUUUUUAUCCAUAUUUCACUCGACACUUGCACUAUUUCCCCCGUAACCCAGUUGUUCGCAUGUCUUGUGUACCCAUGAAGUCCUGUUAUCUUUUUCAU